CUAUUUCUUAAUUAUAACUAUGCUAAAAGAUUUGAUAAUUUUUAGUACAUUUGUUAAGUUAUUAUUAUUUCCUACAUAUCGUUCAACAGAUUUUGAAGUUCAUCGGAAUUGGCUUGCUAUUACACAUAGCUUACCAAUAUCGAAAUGGUAUUAUGAGGAUAGGAGUGAAUGGACAUUAGAUUAUCCUCCAUUUUUUGCAUGGUUCGAAUGGAUCUUAUCACAAUUCGCGCCAUUAGCCGACAAAGAAAUGCUUAGAGUGGAUAAUUUAAAUUAUACAAGUGAUGCAACAAUUUAUUUUCAACGAGCGACAGUAAUUAUUAGCGAAUUAGUACUAUUUUAUGCAUUGAAAAAAUACUUGACAACAAAUAAUAUGAAAAAUAAAAAUUUAUUAAAUAUAUUAGCUGCAUCGAUUUUUCUGAAUCCUGGAAUUUUGAUUGUUGAUCAUAUUCAUUUUCAAUAUAAUGGAUUUCUUUAUGGAAUAUUUUUGCUCUCAUUGGCGUAUGCAAAAGAGGGAAAUGAUCUUAUGUGCGGAAUAAUGUUUGCUGUUUUGCUUAAUUUUAAACACAUUUUUCUUUACCUUGCCCCUGCGUAUUUCGUAUAUCUAUUGAGACAUUAUUGUUUUCAAGAAACCUCAAUACAAGGCACCAAAAAGUUUUCGUUAAAACAUUUUUUUUUUCUUGGUGUUUCUGUCAUUAUAAUAUUUUUACUUUCAUUUGGACCUUUUAUUAUUAUGGGACAAUUGGGACAAGUUCUUUCUCGUUUAUUUCCUUUUAAAAGGGGGCUUUGUCAUGCGUACUGGGCACCGAAUUUUUGGGCUUUGUAUUCCGCGAUGGAUCGAGUGCUGAUCGUUUUUGCAAAACGUCUCGGAUGGACGUUAAAUGAAUCAGCAAUUGGUUCAAUUACAAGAGGAUUAGUUGGAGAUGUUAAUUUCGCAUUAUUACCGCAAGUUAAAGCAAAUCACACAUUCAUUCUUACUUUGAUAUUUCAAAUGGCAUCUCUUGUUAAAUUGUGGAAGCGUCCAAGUUACAAAAAUUUUCUCGUAUCAUUAAUAUUGAACGGAUAUUCUUCUUUUCUAUUUGGAUGGCAUGUUCACGAAAAAGCAAUCUUAUUAGUUAUGAUUCCUUUUAGUUUGAUAUCAGCAGAUAAUAUUGCGCUUUUCCGUUCUUAUAUGAUACUUGCAGUAUCUGGAUUAUAUUCUUUAUUUCCGCUUUUAUUCAAAUUAACAGAAUCUACCAUCAAAAUAGUGAUUUGUUUAUUAUGGUUCAUCUUAACUUUUAUGGGAAUUUUAUCUAAUUUAAAUUAUAAAAGAAACAAUAUUAAGAAAUAUUCUCAAAGUAAUGAAUCAAAAUUAUCAUAUUUAAUUAAAAUAAUAGAAAAUAUAUAUAUGUAUGGAUUUAUUAUAUUACAAUUUUUUACGGGAAUAGUACAUCAAAUUAUUUACAAAGAUGGAAAAUAUCCUUUCUUACCUUUAUUAUCAACAUCUAUAUAUUGUGCUUUUGGUGUAAUAUAUUCUUGGAUUAGAUUAAGCGUAAUUUAUUUUUUGGGAAAAGAUGAUGAAAAUCAAGAAGUUAAUUCUUAGAGUAAAGAAAUAAUGUUCUUUAUAAAAUGAUUGUUAUUAUUACUUAUAAUUUUUUUGAUGGAUUAUAAUAAUUUAAUUUUUUUAAGAUUUUGAAUUUUUAAACAAAGAGAAAUAAAAAGUUCUUUUUUAGAUUUUAAAAAAACGAUUUCAUUAAGUGAAAAUAUUUUUUAACGUUUAUAUUAUAAUGAACAAAUACUCGAUGGUUGAUUUAUUU